GCAUAUAGCGUCACUAAGCAUCCGGUGCUUUAAUAAACAUUCGUAUAUUAGUCGACCCUGCCCAGAAUUUUAAUUAAUGACAGCGUUAUAAAAGAGACAACGUGUGGCUAACAUUUCAAAACACAUCAAGCUUCAAGGAAGUUGAAUACACAGAUUGACUAUAUAGAAAUGUAAGUAUAUAAUGAUUAGACCCUAGUUUAAAUAUUAUCAGUAUAAAACACUAUUGAAAUUAACAUAAUUGAGUCCGUUUGAUCAUAUAGCCUGCUAUAGUCAUAGUGUAAUUUAUUAAGAAACGACUAUUAUCUUUCUUCAAUUGUAGCUUAUAUCUCAACAAUGCCAGUGGAACAAUUUCAGGUAUUUAUGCACGCGUAUUUAUGAUCAUAAAUGUAUAUACCAUGUAAUACCGAAAAUAACGCUGCCAAUACCGAAAGUGUAUAAUUGACACGAGGCCCUAUAGUAUAGGGCUAGGCCAGGGACGCUGGAACGAUGUGAAGGCAAGGGGGGGGGGGCAGAUUUUCGUGAAAGGGCACUUUUGAAUUAAUAUAUACUAUAAGAGAUGUUUGCAAAACAUCGGGAGUUGAACUUCGCCUAAUCAUGUUUUCUAUAUAUUGGAUGAUAGGGGUGUGAGGGGGUUCUCAGGCGAUUGUGCUAUUCUUGAAGCUCGAUGACUGCAUUUCUUGCGUUUUCUGAAGCAAAUACGUAAAAGAAUUGCACUAACAUUUCUGACAAUUCGCUAUUUCGCCAACGCUAUAAAUUGAAAGGACACCUUUGCCCUCCUUGCCCCUCCUGGUAAAGGGCAACGGGGGCGGCUGCCCCCCCCCCCCAGUUCCGGCCGUCUCUGGGCUAGGCCUAACCGAAUUUUUUCACAUAUUAAGCGGAAGCGGACACUUAACUCGAGGUUCCAAAGAGCCUAAUAACCUCUCUUAUAGCGGACAAAUGUAACGGAUGAAUGCAAAUAUGUUUCCGAUUAAAUUUUCAUCACAAUCAACAGUAAAAUUCAAUUUUAAGGAAAUUUAAUAAUUCACUAUACGUUUAUUUAUUAGUUAUGUUUUGCAGUAGUUCUAUAUGUAGUAUAAACUCUGCAUGAUAUCUUAAUUGAACUGAUCUUCUCAUAAACUAUAAAAGCUUUCUUUAAUUUGUCUUUCAACCUAUUGCAAGAAAAAUAGUAACCUGAAAUUCAGGCCCUAAAUUUGAGGUGUUUCAUACGCCGGUAAUAAACAGCUAUCGGGUUUCUUCUAUUACUCUUCUCAAAAAGACUUGUGUUUAAGAGAAGUUCAAGGCGAUAGAUUUGAUCUAUUUUACAAGGAAUUUUGUUGUUCUUGUCAGGUAAAACAGGAAAAAGUAAAAGUGUUGACAGUAAAGAUCAUCAGAGCAACAGGAGUCACCGUUGGGUUUUUUAGUGACUGUAAGUUUCUAUUAAUUAUUUAAUUGUUUUUGUUUGUGGAAACACCACGUAAAUUUAUUACUGCAAAGCUUUCGAUCCGUAAGCCCGGAUCUUCAUCAGUGCUAAUAAUAUGUGACUUGUUUAUUAUUUCGAAAGCUUUGCAGUAAUAAAUUUACGUGGUGUUUCCACAAACAAAAACAAUUAUAUUUUAUCGCCAUGCAAACAUUCAAAGAACUUAAGUUUCUAUUAACUUGUAAUAAGGAUGUUCUGCAAUACCUAACUACAAUUCCUGCCAUGGGGCCUAUAUAUACGGUUGCAUUUUGAGUCUGCUGCUCGUAGUUAGAUCGAAAAUAUAGAACACUCAAAAUUUCCAUCCAAUUAGCCAUUCCGAAGUUGAUGAGUGGACUGGGGACGAGUGUUAAAAAGUGCCCAAGUUAAAAAAAAUGGACCAAAUCACUAAAAAGACCACCUCAAAAUUAGUAAGUAUACAAAGUUUGAAAACGUUUACAUGAAUACCCUUCGAAUAAUAAGCUUUCGACUAAUACUGUGUGAAAUUACUGAUUAAUUAAAAGACUAUUAUUCGAAGAGUAUUCAUGUAAACGUCUUCAAACUUUGUAUACUUACUAAUUUUGAAGUGGUCUUUUUAGUGAUUUGGUUCAUUUCGUAACCUCUCAUCAACUUCGGAAUGGCUAAUAGUCCUUCAGCUUUAUUUCUAUCGAGUGAGAUACCCCAAAUCCUGAUAUUCAGCCUAUGAUAGCCAUUUUAGUUGUGUACUCAUGCACCGUAUUGUUUUCCUUCUGUAGUAGUGGACAUACCAGAUCCGUAUGUUAUACUGAGGGUUCGAAGCAGUCCAAACUCGAAACAGAGAACAACUACCAAGAACGACAACGUUAAUCCUGAGUGGAACGAAGAUUUCAAGUUUUAUUUGAAUCCUAAGAAGAAAAACAUACUUGGUAUGUUUAAAAUUAUGGUUUUAUUUUGACAAUCAAAUAAUAAGUACAAUUCCAUAGUCAUGCAUGCAGUGUCGUAGAAAUUACAAAAAAAAAAGAUUAUCAGUAAAAAUUACUUCUCCGAAAAGGUAAUUAUCACAAAUUACAAAUUAACCAACUACAAAUUACUAAUUACUUAUCAAAAAGUAAUUGAUUUAAAUUACUUACCAGAUUAUUUUUUUCUUUAUAAUAUUAAGAUUGAACCGUUUGAAACAAAUAUUAUAUAACACAAUUCAAAACGGCACAAUUCUCGGUGAUAAUUGAUCAGUGGCAUAUUUUCCUUUCAGAGUUAACAAUAAUGGAUGAAGAUUUGAUAAACAAAUUUGACGACACUGUUGGAAAGAAAGAGUUGGAAUUAGAUCAUAUUUUUGCAAACACAAAACUAACCACGAAAAUUGGCUUUGGUCAGGUAGGUGUGGCUGGAUUUGAAGUUUUUAAUGUCACAAUUAGUACAGUCGAUUAGUCGAACUUCAAUUUAAAAUAAUGGACAGCCCGAUCUUAAGCGGACACGUAAACCUUUGGUCCUAAUGAUUUCUUUUUUUCUAAAACAUUAUUGUCAGUUACCCCUAUAUUCAGAGGACACCCCUCCUUUAAGCGGAAACGGACACUUAACUCGAGGUUCCAAAGAGUAGAAUAACCUCUCUUAUAGCGGACAAAAAUGUAACGCAAGAAUGCAACUAUGUUUCCGCUUAAAUUUUCAUCACAAUCAACAGUAAAAUUCAAUUUUAAAGAAAUUCAGGAAUUCACUAUACAUCUAUUCAUUAUUAAUGUUUUGCAAUAGUUCUACGUAUAGUAUAUAAACGCUGAUAUCUUGAACUAAUCUUCUCCUAAACUAAAGUUUUCGUUGGCUUUAAUUUGUCUUUCAACCAAUCAGUUCAAGAAAAACUGUCUUCUCUAAACUUGGACUCGCAGGGUCGUCGAACCAUAACUAGCCCCUGUGUUGACACGUUUAUCUUUAAUCACUACUCUUCCUUUUUCUCAUAUCGAAUACUUUUUUAUUUGAUAUGAAAACGAAUCUGGGGACAACACUUUGUUCAAAUCGGUGAGCUUUAUAAUUAUGCAUAUUUUAAUCUUUUGUAGAAAACGAGUCUAGAAAUUUCCCUUCUUGUUACAUACGAGUAAGUUUAUUAAAAUUACCUAUCUUCAUAUACUACUAUUUGGUAUUUGUUAUAUCAGACAGACCUAUAACGUUUUUGUUGGAACUGUAUUAAAUUGUGAACGGAAUUUUAUAGGACAGACUACAAACGUUAUGAUAUUAAUACAGUAUUCUUAUAAGAUGCAGUAAAUUGUAUGCUAACUGUUCAUUGCAUAAAUGAUGCCGUCACCUAUUGCAUAUGUCAUACAUGUAUGCAUGCAUACUUCUAAAAAUGUAAUUGUUUUAAAUCAUUUUAUUUAUAGUGAAACAAAAGAAUUAAGGUUAAAUUAUGAUCUAUGCGACGAAGAAAAAGAUUUUUUGGAGAAACGAAAAGAAGAAAUAUUCAAAAGAAUUCCAAAGCUUAGCAAUCUGAAGCAAGUACCCAGCUCUGUGGACGAGGUGAAGUCUAGUUCUUAUCUGCAUGUAAAAACAUUUUCACUCUUAACUCUGUCACAAAGAAUAUUUUAUAGUUAUGAAACCGAAAAAAAAUUGUGCUCAAAUGUUUUGACUUACCACUAGGUGUAUAAUAUCAAUUAUAAGAUCAAUGCAUAGAAUUCUAUAUGAAUUAUGUUACUUGGCAUUUGAGUUAUCCCCAGUCUACCAGAUUUCAGUAUUCUCCAAGUAUUUGAAUAAUCUACAUAUAUUUAAUAUGGAGUUCUCGCUUUUUGGUCUUUGUAAAUGUACUUAUCUUAUACUGUAAAUUAUUCUUUUCAUAUUUUAGGUACCAACUAUUGCUAUCAUGGGAUCAGGAGGAGGUUAUAGAGCUGCUUGUGGAUUAUCAGGAGUAUUUGUUGCUCUUCAAGAAGAAGGGAUAUUAGAUUGUGCUUCUUUUGUAACUGGACUGUCCGGAUCUUCGUGGUACGUAUGAGAAAGAAUUAGAUUAUUAUAACCACUUAUAUUUACAGUAUAUUUACCGAAUCGAGUACCGAAGGCACGAUUGUACUCCAAUCCUAAGAAUACACCCUUUCGAUAAUUACGUCACAACUACACUGUUUUCAACUUAGGACCACCUUAAAUGGAAAGGAUUUCAAGUUUUUUUUCUCAUAGGCUAUGCACAGAGAAGCAGAACAUCCUUCUUCAACACAUGCGCGAAAAAAAAUUUUGGAUUUUGAUCAAUAAAUAUGGAAAUAAUUAUUCUUUUAAAUCAUAUUAUUUCCUCAUAAAUUUUCAAUGAGUAUAUAUAUAAAAUACCUUUUGAUCACAAGAAAUUGUUGCUUAAUUGUUAGACAAGUUUCAGAGACUGAAAGUUUUUUGGUCUUAUAUAAUCACCUUGAUAUGAAUUCGAAAAUGUACAGAAUUGAAUUGUAUGAAUUAAUGGACCUAUUCCCAAAUGAACAAAAUUUUGAUCUAGACAAGUCUAGAUAAAAAUUUCAUCACAGCUUGAAAGAGCAUCACAAAAUUAGUAAUAUUCCGAAGUUUCGUUGCGAAAUGUUGUAAAAUGCAGAUACCUUUUUUUUUAUACCUCUUUUCAGAAAGUGGUAUCAAUUUCCCGUGCGUAAUACAAAAUGACUGAAAAACGGCAAAUUUCGCAGGGCUAUAUUGCCCGCAUUUUACAACAUUUCGCAACGAAACUUCGGAAUAUUACUAAUUUUGUGAUGCUCUUUCAAGCUGUGAUGAAAUUUUUGUCUAGACUUGUCUAGAUCAAAAUUUUGUUCAUUAGGGAUAUUAAUUCUCUUGAUGUUUUAGGUAUAUAUCAUCCCUCUACAUGAGAGAAGGUUGGCCGUACCAAAUGACGUGUCAGGAAAUGGCUGAAGACCUGAGGAAAAGAUUCAAUACCAAACUCCAUAGUCAUUUUGAUGUGCUCAAUAUUAAAAGACGUCUGGAGGGAAAAGCAAGGAGCGGUCAACUUGUACGCUUCACUGAUGUCUUUGGUAUGGCAAUUGGAGAUGCAUUAUUGCCGGUAGGUAUAGAGUAAAAUUUUAUACGAGCUAUGCCCGUGGAUGCUGAUCUUGGGCAUCACUAAAAAAGUCAUAAGAAAAUACAGAGCACUCAUGCCAAGUGACCUUACAUGGCAGGACUCUUUUUAUUCAUUUCAUACUUCAUUUUAUUAGAUUUUAUUACCAUGCAAACGGAAACCUCAAAGGGACUUAUGAGAUGAUUGACUGUUAAAAUUAUCUUCUAAUUUGGUAUUUUUUUCUAGAAUCAAGAGUCUAAAUUGAGUCACCAGGGACAAAAAGUAAAGCAUGGUGAAGCACCACUGCCAAUUACUACAGGAAUUAGAGUUCGAAAGGAUUUAGCAGCAUCUCAAUUUAGUGGUAGGUUUAAGCAGUGUUUAUAAGCUUACUUUCUUUUAAAGAAAACGAUUCCUUUAAUAUAUUUUGCGAAAGCAAAGCAAAACAAAUUGACAAUUCUGUGUUCACGAGGUGUUAAUUAGGUUUUUUUCGUCCUCUGUUAGAAUGGGUUGAAUUUAGUCCAUUUGAAUACGGCAUUGCCAAAUAUGGUGUCUUUGGAAAGACUAAAGAAUUUGGCGGGAAAUACUACAAGGGCCAAUUGGUAAAGAAGUUUGAAGAAUCGCCAUUACAUUAUUUACAAGGUAUGCUAAUAUUAAAUACUAUUUAAAACAUGAGCAGAAGCGGAAUAGAAAUUCAAUAAGCUUUUCUUUAAUCUCUACGCUUUCAGGAUUUUAUUAUCGUAAUUUCAUGAAACUAGUUGCCAUCUAUGUAUUUUAUGACAGUGUGUGAUAUCUUUACCAUCUAGGCAUAUGGGGAAGUGCCUUCAGCGUCAUAUUAAACACAUUGAAAGAUGGUGACAAGAAAUCGGAAGAAGAAGUAAAACAAGAACUUGGUAAGCUAUACAGUAUAAUUAUAAUAUAAUAUAAUACAUAAUAUAACACGGGAUCGCAAAGGCUGGAUCUCAUCAAAACCAGACCUACUCGGGCACUCCACCCUCAUAUAAACAGUCCUUACAAUAAUAUGAUAUUAUUUUUAGAAAAAGUUGUUCUUGAAGAAGGAGAUAGUUUAAAAGGUGAAGAUGAUGAUAGUGAUGAUGAAGAAUUCUCACCUGAAGAUGAAAUUCAAGGUAUUUUUGUUGCUGAUUUGUAUGAAAUUUUAUAAUUUUGUAUAGUAGUAACAUUUUCUUUUUAUAUGCAGAUUCAAACUGGAUAACUCAAAUGCUGAAUCCAUUCAAUGUAUUUUCAUCUCGCCGAGGGAAAGCUGCAGAAACGUUCAAUGUCUUCCGAGGACUAAAGUUUAAGAGCGAAAAAGGUAAAAUUCUUAGUGCAUAAUGGAUAUCAUACAAGAACGGGCAUUGAACUUUACAGUGCGAAAACAAUAGCUGGGCUUCAGUGGGUUCUUGCCUCAGUCUUGGUCCUCGUUUCUUGAAUUAUUUUGUACUUUCUAAGAACUCUUUCCUAUUCAUAUUUUUUUACCAAAUAAUAUGUAUACAUAUUAAGAAAUUAUAUGUCCUGCUGUACUAUUUCAAUCCUACAAUGCAUGUUUAAAUUAAGUCUGAAAACGAAGAACAAUACAAUAAAAUAUUGGUAAUCGUUCCAUGUUUCGCGCACCAAUAUAGUAAACGUUAUGUAAUGGAUAUUAUAGUGUACUGAAAAGUUAACUAGGUACCUCCAUACACAUAUAUACACACCCUAACCCUAUCCCUAACCUUAAACCUAACCCUAACCCCUAACCCUAACCUAACCCCUAACCCUAAUACCUAACCCCUAACCCUAACUUAUAUUGGUGCGCAAAACAUGGAACGAUAACCAAAAUAUACGCCUUCCGUACCCUCUGUACUGUCUGCCAUCUUGGAUUUUCAUAAAGGCGGGAAAUCUGGCCAAAAUGGACCUGCUUCAGAUCUGGUCCAAAUAUUCCGGUCAGAGCCAGAGGAUCCCAGAGGGUCAGAGCGGUACCGACAUCGAGAAGUUAAGAGUCAUAAGAGCAGACAGUUUAUAACAUAUAAAGCAAUCCUGUAAAUAAACAAAGCUAGUUUGUAGUUUCAAGUUCAGACUAUGAAAUUUUCUGGUAUUUAAAUACAAGCUUUCUUUGCUGUAGACGCAGAUUUCAACGACGCAACGGGAAAAGAUAAGACGAUGUGCAUUGUGGACAGCGGUGUCGCUUUCAAUUCACCAUUUCCAGCCAUGUUACGACCGGAAAGAAAAGUCGAACUUAUCUUGUCAUUUGAUUUCAGUGAACGUGAUGGAGGCGACACAGAGUUGCCCUUUGAAGUAAGAAAAUCAAUUACAUAUUACAUAUUACAUUACAUAUUACAUUACAUAUUACAUUACAUAUUACAUUACAUAUUACAUUACAUAUUAAAUUACAUAUUAAGUUACAUUACAAACUGCAUUGUAUUUUUACAGUAUGUAUAGUUAGCUUUUUAUUGUAUUAAUUGUAAAAACGUUCAUGACAGGGAAACGGAUUUAUUCAAUAAUUGACAUGUCGAUGAGCUAACUAUCUCCGAUCAGAACAGACGCAUCAAUAAAUUGAUCAUUAUAUAGUCACGACUGGCCGAAACAGAAUUGACUCUAAUAAACCAUAUAACUAUAGUACCUUUUCUCAAUUAGGAACUUUUGAAAGCUGAGAAGUGGGCAAAGGAUCAUGGUCUUCCAUUCCCACAAAUCAAAGGGAACCCGGUGACGGAAGAUCCCAAUAUUCGAGAAUGUUAUGUUUUUGAAAACACAGACGAUGUCACGUGUCCGACCAUCUUACAUUUUCCUCUUGUUAACAAAACAUUCAGGAGCUAUCUCAAACCAGGUAAGAACAUUUAUAUUGGUACUAGCCGGUUGUUUGCAGCUGGGACAUUUUGAUUGGAUACUAAAUAUAAACAGUUUAUACUUUGGAGUUUGGAUAGAGAGCGAAAAACCCGUAUGUAAAUAAACAAAUUUGCUUGAGUCUUAACAAAUGCAUUUUUUGUCCCAUAGGGGUACCCCGUGUGACACAGGAGGACAAAGACUUCGCCAAUUUCGACAUCUUUGAUGAUCCUGACCAACCCUAUUCAUCCUUCACUUUUGAAUACGAAAAUAGAACAUUUGAUCGGCUGCACGAACUGAUGAAAUUUAACACAUUACUAAAUAUGGACUUGAUCAAGGAAAAUAUUGCAUACCAAGUUGCAUUCAGAAGAAAUAACCCUCGGUUUGCUCAGCUAUAAAUUUCUGGUUGAGAAAUGCAGAAAUGGACUCUAUAUUUGAAAUGAAGACUGCAUAAAUUGCGCUUCUCUGAUGGUGUCAGCAUUGUCAAUCAAAAAAGUCGGCCAAAAUCUUCGUUAUCUCUUUUCACUGAUAAGUGCUUUCAAAGUCUCGAUCAGAAAUUGCGGCCACAAACUCAGGAUGAGCUUAGGUAUCAGGCAUGCGUAGAUUGUACCGAUAUCGAUUACAUAUGCUGAUACAGUUUCAUGAAUUGAGAAAUUCGUAUAGAACGCGUCCACAGGACAAAUCUAUUUUGGAGAACACCCGACAACCGUUCGUUUCAAUUUAAAACAGAUUUAGCACUAGACACUAGUGCAUUAGUACAGUUAUUUAUAUAGUAUACAUAUCGUUCGUGAGUGUCUGUUAUAAAUAUAAGUACGUUGAAAGAGUAUAAAAACAAGAAAGAAAUGUCGAUUAUUGAGAAGAUUAGUAAAGUUAUUUAUAUAGAUUUUUUUAUAUUUUACCAGAUUGUAAAUAUGUAUAAUUAAUAUGAGAUCAAGCUCUGAAGCUCGUACUCAGAGCAUUUUGUUUGGAAAGCAAAAUAUCCUGGCCACGAGGUUGAUAUGAGAUAUUUUUAAAAUAAAUGUUUUUUUGUACA